ACUACGUAAGCUCCGCCGGAACCGGGACUCCUUCCUUUCCCUCUCUCUUCCUCUGCUGAGAAGGACAGUUAUCAUGGCUUCGUCUCAUCUGCAGUGGAUGGUUAUCAGGAACAACUCAUGUUUCUUAAUCAAGAGGAACAAACAGACCUACAGUACUGAGCCAAACAACCUGAAGGCCAGGAAUGCUUUCCGCUUCAAUGGCCUCAUUCACCGGAAGACUGUUGGCAUCGAGCCGGCCGCUGAUGGCAAGGGUGUGGUUGUAAUCCUGAAGAAGCGUGCAGGUCAGCGUAAACCUGCCACCUCAUUCGAGAAGAUCACCAUCAACAAGAACUCUCGUGCCACCCUCACCAGCAUCAAAAACAUCAUCCGCAAAAAUAAAUACAGGCGGGAUCUGGGCAUGGCUGCUCUGAGACGCGCUAGUGUCAUCUUGAAGAGCCAGAAGCCUGUGGUGGUUCGGAAGAAGCGCUCCAGGACUCCCAAGAGCUCAUAAAUUCAAGCAGCUUUUGACUUAAUAAAGUGUUUUUGGUCAAACAUUA